AUACCACACGUAGAAUGCGUACCAUCGACACGUUUCGUCAAAAUUAGGUUAUCUCGCAAGUGCAACGUGCAACAUUUGCAGUUCAAUGCGUUGUGAUUAGCAUUCGUUUCUAUCAAUUAAUAUGUCUUUAUUUAAUGACGAUAAUUCGAAUUCUGAUGCAGAAUUAAAGAUAAAUACGGAAUAUGCCAGCAUUUACGAUAACUUUCGUCAAAAGGAGGAAUUACAUAAACUAAAGGCAAGAUAUGGAGAGGAUGCUGCAGCUUCAGAUGACGAAUCCAGUGACAGCAGUUCAUCAGACGAUGAUGAAAAUAUCCACAAUCCACAGUUUGAUAAAGAAUUUCUUAUAACUUUGGCUUGUUUGAAAAGUAAGGAUCCACGUAUAUAUGAUGAAAAAUUUAAGUUCUUUACUGAUAUCGUCAAACCUGACACAUCAAGAGACACUGAAGCAAAUGAACAGGAAAAGAAGAAAUCAAAGAAAGAAAAGGCUCUUUUUUUACGUGACUACGAACGUAAGAUUAUAAUGGAAAGAGAUGGGCAUUUCAGUAGCAGCGAAGAUGAAGAUGAUGCAAGACAAAAAGCUAAAUCCAGAAUGCCCACUUAUGUAGAGGAACAAGAACAAUUAAAAGAUAGUUUUAAAAAUGUUUUAAAAAAUGAAAAUGAAGAUGAAGAUACUGAUCUUCUACAGAUAAAACAAAAGACAGAUGAUGAAAAAUAUAAGGAAGAAGAGUCAUAUAAGGAAUGGUUGAAAGGUCAAGAGGUGAAGAUAAAUCCCAAAGACGAGGAAGUGCUCAAACCAUUGCGUGAAUUCUGGACAGAUCCUAAUUUGGAUGCAAAUGAAAAAUUCUUAAGAGAUUAUAUUUUAAACAAUAAGUAUAUGAAAAAUGAGUCUUAUAAUACAGACUUAGAAUAUAAUGAGAUGAUUCAUGAUAGCGAUGAAAAUUUAUCAGAAGAUGAAAAAACUAUCCAGAAGCAAGAGGAAUUUGAACGUAAAUACAAUUUUAGAUUUGAAGAACCUGAUCAAGAAUUUAUCAAAAAGUAUCCACGAACAAUGGAAAAUUCAAUGCGAAAGAAAGAUACGCGCAGAGCACAGAAAAGAGCAGAAGUUAAACAAAGAAAAGAGGAAGAAAAACAACGAAAAAAGGAGGAACUAAAGCAAUUGAAAGCAUUGAAAAGAAAAGAAAUAGAAGAAAAGAUAGAAAAAUUAAAAGAAAUUACAGGAAAUAAUGAUAUGCAUUUCGAAAAUGUUGAUUUUGAUGCUGAUUUUGAUCCAAAUGAACACGAUAAAAAGAUGAAAGAACUUUUCAACGACGAAUAUUAUGCUGGUGGUGAAGACGAAAAUCAGAAGCCAGAAUUUCCUGAGAUUGAUGAUGAAUUAGAUAUUGAGCCUACAUGGGACAAAUAUGACCCGACAACAGAUGAAAUUGACAUGAAAGCUAUGUCGAAUGAAAAACCUCAUUGUGAAGAUCCAGAUUUUAAUAUGGAUGCUGAUUACGAUGAAUCUCGAGAUUUGCAGUCCGAACUCAUUGAGAAUACGAAAAAAAGAAAACGAAGAAGGCGCUCUAAAUUCGCUGAACUUAUUGCAAAAAAGAAACCAAAAUUUGAUCCAAAACAAUAUUCUUCUUACAAAGAAUAUUUUGAUCAAUAUUAUUCAUUGGAUUAUGAGGAUAUGAUUGGGGAUUUGCCUUGUAGAUUUAAAUAUAGAAAAGUUGUACCAAACAAUUAUGGAUUAAGUGUUGAAGAAAUUUUAAUGGCUGAUGAUAAAGAGUUAAACAAAUGGUGCCCUUUAAGAAAAGCUCUUAGAUAUAAAUCAGAGCAUGUGGAAGAGAAUGAUGUUCGAAUGUAUAAACAGAAGGCUGCAAAUGAAGCAAAUAAACAGAAAGUUCUUAAAAGUUUGUAUAUCAAUCCGGAAGAAAAAGCAGAAGGAAAAGAUGAAGCUGUCAUCGAGCAAACUAAUACUAGCAGUAAGAAACGCAGGCAAAAGAAGAAAAUUAAGAUUAAUGGUCCUAAUGUGAAAGUUAUUAAUACUGAUACUGUUUCUAAGAAAAAAAUAAUGAACAUUGCAGAAAACAACGCGCAGAAUAUUUCUCAUGGUAAUAAAAAUGAUGAAAGAAAUGCGCAAGAUAAAAAUGUAGCGAAUAAGAAUGAGAAGCGAAAACGAGAAAACAAAUUAAGAGACGAUAACAGUCCUAAUCCUAAGAAAAUGAAGACAGAUAAAGCGGGAAGAGAAGAUUCUCGAAUAGAAACGGAUAACGUUAGCAUUAAGGUAGAAAACAAUGGAAAGAUAACACCCCUCUCUACCGAGAAAUCCACAAUCGCUCGAAAGAAAAACAAGAAUAAGAAUUCUCAAUUGAAUAAAACGAAGACCGGUAAACGCAAACCAAAUAACGAUGAUCCAAUGAUGUCCUUGGGAGCAGAAAGACUAAAGGCAUACGGAAUAAACGCUAAGAAAUUUAAAAAUAAGCUGAAAUACGGCAAUAAAAAAUUGUGAAC